AACAUUUACGAUUUACGAAGAAAAUUGAAUUUUGCAUGCGCUUUCUAUUCUGAAAAAUAUACCGCGCAUGCUUACCUAGGUCGUUAGUUCAACUACAACUUAACAUAGAAAGAAACUGUUAGAAACGUUUCUGCUCUAAGAUAUGUUUGAUGUAAUGAAUAUGAAUUGCAGAUCUACUUCAGGUUCGGUGUCUUCAAAACAUACGGGAAGUCCGAGGAGAAGCGACAACAUGAAUUCUAGGAUGAGCAAAUUGAAGGAGAAGCUGAAGGGUUACACCUUGUGUCACCUGAGAAAAGAAGUGAAGAAGUUGCGGAAGAACGUGGAGACGUCGUCUGUCUCGUACCAGCAAUUAGAGGAGUACCUUGAUCUGGAGCGGCAUGAGCAUAUGAUGCUGCAGAGAGAAUUCGCUUCUUACCAGCAGAAACAAGACGAGAUCAUCCAGCAGAAACAUCAUGAAUAUAACGAACUGAGAAACCACUAUGAGGAGAGGAAUGCGCGGAACGAGGAUAUGAUUUUGGAAUUGACUGACCGGAUCAAAUCAAUGGAUCUUGAAAUGCGAGAAAAAAAUAUGGUACAGGAGAACGACUGCAAGAACUUUGUGAAAGAGUCCGUGCUGGAGGUUACUUCGUUGCAGGCUGUGCUGGAGAUGAAGCAAGAGGAAAUUCGUCAAAUGCGCGUCAAGAUGAUGACGCUUCAGAGCAAAGUGGAUUUGCUGCCGGAAACGGAGAAUCUUCUGGGACAACUGAAAUUGCGUUGCGAAGACCUCGAGUGUCAGAUUAUGAACCAAAGGAACGCCAAAAUGCAUUUGGAGUUGGAUAAUAACAAACUGCGACAACUCCACGAGCUGGAGAGCAAAGAGCGCGAUACGUUGAUGAUGAUGAACGAAAUGCUUAAAUGGAAGUUGCAGAAGAUGUAA